CCCUUUCUCUCUCGGAUCCCAGCGCUGUCAUUCACUCAGCUUUCAGUUUAACACGCCGACUUAAAGAAAAAAGAAAAAAGCGAGCUUGUCUUUUUUCCCCACACUUUUAGUACCUUGUGGUCGAGGGAGGUACAAGGCGAAAGCGCCCACACAAGGCAAAGCGAAUUAUUUGCCAGGAAAGUGGUCAAAAAAACUGUUGCGUUCCGUGCUGAGCAUUAGCCUGCUCUGUACUGCUUACAUUUCCUCUUUUUUCCCCUUCAGCUGCUGGAUUGCAGAAGAAACGGUGUCCAUAGCUUUCGACGCGUGGGUGUGUGUGAACGUAAAUGUAGGACGUUUCCUUUUUUUUUUCUUUUUAAAUCCGUGUUGUAGUGGCGGUCGAGCUCGAGCUUUAUGUGUAAACGCCCAGCUUGUUGACCGGUGGGCUGAAGUUUAGUUUGCAGCGCACGCGCCGAGUAAGUGCCACAGUACUGCAUUGAAAGCGCGUGUUGCGCGUCGUAACAUUACACCAAGACUCGCUUUUUAUUUGCUUUAAGACGUUCACUUAUUUCAAGAGGUGCUUUUUAAGAGGAAAGAGGACUCUGCUUGUGUGUGUGUGUUCCUCCUCGCGCCACCACCGUGCGGACAGAAGGGGCACAUUUCGCCUCUCGUGCACACUCGAGGCGGAGGAAAAGACUGCGAUUUGGACGGGAUUUUAUAAAAAGUCCGAGCCACUUUCAUGCACUGAAAAGAAGCAAAGGAGGAGGUGGAGGAAGGUCAGUCCCAGGAGUGUCGGCUUAAUUCCGCGGUUUCCUAAACGAAACAAACACACAAAAAAGAUACUCGAAGCUGAAGGAAACCCACAUUUGAAGAUGUGGUAACAUGCUCACCGUGGACAGCUGUUCUCUUCAGAGCUUCUUCCUCUAAUGGUUCUCUUCCCUCAGAUCUUGAAAACUGGUCAGAGAACCGCCAAUCUUUGAAAGCAUUCCUGCUAAGUGAAGUCUUACUCAUUGUGACCCGGUCUAGUCGAAGCGUCAGAACGCCAGCCAGAGACAGAAAACAUGGCUAACAACACUGCGGACCACCCACCUGGGAACUCUGUGGCUGAAGGCAAUCAUGAUGGGGACUUUGGCUGCACAGUGAUGGAUCUCCGGGAACUGAUGGAGCUCAGGAGUGCAGAGGCGGUCAACAAGAUCAGAGAUGUCUAUGGAGACGUGCAGGGGAUCUGCCGUAGGCUGAAAACUUCUCCUAUUGAAGGGCUCUCUGGAAACCCGGCGGACCUGGAAAAACGCCACACGGCCUUCGGGAAGAACUUCAUCCCUCCUAAAAAGCCCAAGACCUUCUUGCAGCUGGUGUGGGAGGCAUUGCAGGACGUCACGCUAAUCAUCUUGGAGAUAGCUGCCAUAAUUUCUUUGGGCCUGUCCUUCUACCACCCACAGGGAGAUGACAGUGAUGCUUGUGGCCAGGCCAGUGGUGGCGUGGAGGACGAAGGUGAAGCGCAGGCUGGUUGGAUCGAGGGCGCUGCUAUUUUGUUUUCCGUGAUCAUCGUGGUGUUGGUGACGGCAUUCAACGACUGGAGCAAAGAGAAGCAGUUCCGCGGGCUGCAGAGUCGCAUCGAACAGGAGCAGAAGUUCACCGUCAUCCGCAAGGGUCAAGUGAUCCAGAUCCCUGUGGCUGAGAUCGUGGUGGGAGAUAUCGCGCAGAUCAAAUACGGUGACCUCCUUCCCUCUGAUGGGAUUCUGAUCCAAGGCAAUGACCUAAAGAUUGACGAGAGCUCUCUGACCGGCGAGUCUGAUCAAGUAAAGAAGUCUCUUGAGAAAGACCCAAUGCUGUUGUCCGGAACUCAUGUGAUGGAGGGUUCUGGGAGGAUGGUGGUCACUGCCGUUGGCCUGAACUCCCAGACUGGAAUCAUUUUCACUCUGCUUGGAGCUGGCGGUGAGGAGGAGGAGAAGAAGGUCAAGAAAGGUAAAAAACAAGGAGCCCCUGAAAAUCGCAACAAAGCUAAGACCCAGGACGGCAUCGCUCUGGAGAUCCAGCCUCUGAAGAGUGAGGAGGGAGUUGAAUGCGAGGAGAAAGAGGAGAAAGAGGUGAAGAAGGUCAACGUCACCAAAAAGGAGAAGUCUGUACUGCAGGGCAAGCUGACCAGACUGGCUGUGCAGAUCGGAAAAGCAGGACUCAUCAUGUCUGCCGUGACCGUCAUCAUCCUCAUCUUGUACUUUGUGAUUGAUACGUUCGGGGUGCAGGGGCGAGAAUGGAAGGCUGAAUGCACACCCAUCUACAUUCAGUACUUUGUCAAGUUCUUUAUCAUUGGUGUGACCGUGCUGGUGGUCGCAGUUCCUGAAGGGCUUCCGCUCGCUGUCACCAUUUCACUCGCCUACUCCGUCAAGAAAAUGAUGAAAGACAACAACCUGGUGAGGCACCUGGAUGCCUGCGAGACCAUGGGCAAUGCCACAGCCAUCUGUUCUGAUAAGACCGGCACUCUCACCAUGAACCGCAUGACCGUGGUCCAGGCCUACAUAGGUGACACACACUACAAGAAGGUUCCGGAACCUGACGCCAUCAACCCUGAGACUCUGGAGCUGAUGGUUAACAGCAUCUCCAUCAACUCGGCCUACACUACUAAGAUCCUGCCACCAGAGCAGGAAGGUGGUCUACCAAGGCAUGUGGGAAAUAAGACUGAAUGUGCCCUUCUGGGACUGGUUCUGGAGCUGAAGCGAGAUUACCAACCCAUCCGCGACGAGGUUCCGGAGGAGAAGCUCUACAAGGUCUACACUUUCAAUUCAUCACGCAAGAGCAUGAGCACCGUGCUGAAAAACGCAGACGGCUCAGGAUUCCGCAUGUACAGCAAAGGCGCCUCCGAGAUCAUCCUCCGCAAGUGUUCCUACAUCCUGGACUCUGCAGGUCAGCCUCGGGUCUUCAAGCCCAAGGACCGGGAUGAGAUGGUGCAGAAAGUGAUCGAGCCCAUGGCAUGUGACGGCUUGAGGACCAUCUGCAUAGCUACUAGGGAAUUCAAGGGCGAGGAACCAAACUGGGACAAUGAGGCUGAUAUUCUUACAGACCUCACCUGCAUCUGCGUGGUGGGCAUCGAAGACCCUGUCCGUCCAGAGGUUCCAGAGGCCAUCUCUAAGUGCCAGAGAGCAGGCAUUACAGUGCGCAUGGUUACUGGUGACAAUAUCAACACUGCCCGUGCCAUUGCUACCAAAUGUGGCAUCCUGCAGCCCGGAGAAGACUUUCUGUGCCUGGAGGGCAAAUCGUUUAACCAACAAAUCCGCAACGACAAAGGAGAGGUGGAGCAAGAUCGUCUGGACAAGGUUUGGCCCAAACUGCGUGUACUGGCCCGUUCUUCUCCAACAGACAAGCACACACUGGUCAAAGGCAUCAUUGAUAGCACAGUAGGAGGAACCAGACAGGUGGUGGCUGUGACGGGUGACGGAACCAAUGACGGACCUGCUCUCAAGAAGGCUGACGUCGGCUUUGCUAUGGGUAUUGCUGGGACUGACGUGGCUAAGGAAGCCUCUGACAUCAUCCUGACCGACGACAACUUCACCAGCAUCGUGAAGGCUGUGAUGUGGGGCCGUAACGUCUACGACAGCAUCUCCAAGUUCCUGCAGUUUCAGCUCACAGUUAACGUCGUGGCCGUCAUCGUGGCUUUCACCGGCGCCUGCAUUACACAGGACUCUCCACUAAAAGCAGUGCAGAUGCUCUGGGUCAAUCUGAUCAUGGACACACUGGCCUCUCUGGCUCUGGCCACUGAGCCGCCCACCGAAGCCCUGCUGCUGCGCAAACCCUACGGCCGAAACAAGCCACUCAUCUCCAGAACCAUGAUGAAGAACAUCCUGGGCCACGCCGUUUACCAGCUGUCUGUUACCUUCACCUUGCUCUUUGCCGGAGAGAAGUUCUUCAGCAUCGACAGCGGCCGCAAUGCCCCCCUCCAUGCGCCACCCUCCGAACACUACACCAUCAUCUUCAACGUCUUCGUCAUGAUGCAACUCUUCAACGAGAUCAACGCCCGCAAAAUCCACGGAGAGAGGAACGUCUUCGAUGGCAUCCACAGGAACCCUAUCUUCUGCAGCGUUGUCCUGGGAACCUUCAUCCUGCAGAUCGUCAUCGUGCAGCUCGGCGGGAAGCCUUUCUCCUGCACAGCUCUCACCCUGGAUCAGUGGCUCUGGUGCGUCUUCAUCGGUGUCGGCGAACUGCUCUGGGGCCAGUUAAUCUCGGCCAUCCCCACACACCGACUCAAGUUCCUGACGACGGUUGGUCACGGCAGCACCAAGGAGGAGAUGCAGAAGGAGGAGCAGAUCGAGGACGUGGAUGAGAUCGACCACGCCGAGAUGGAGCUGCGCCGCGGACAGAUCCUCUGGUUCAGAGGGCUGAACCGCAUCCAGACUCAGAUUAAGGUGGUGAACGCUUUCCGCAGCUCACUGUACUCGGGCCUCGAGUCCAACAGCUCCAUCCACAACUUCAUGGUCCACCCUGAGUUCAUGCCGCGGGUCGAGGAGGAGGAGCACGUGCCCACGAUAGAGGAGAGCAGCGCCGAGAUCGAGCCGCUGCCUUCCUCAUCCUCGGCUCCUCCUCCUCCGCCUCCCCCAGGAAAAGUGGAGGUGGAGGUGGAGAACCCCCGGACAGCUCCAUCCACGGCCGCGAGUCCUCCGUCUGACCGUCUUUUCCUCCCCCCAGCAUCAAUCCCAGUUCUGUCCUCCUGCAAGCUCCUCCCUGAAGAACACCUCACCCUUCAUGCAGCAUCCUCACACGGAGCCAUUUUCCCCGCCUCGGCUCCUCCUCGACUGGCAGCGUGGCGUCGGAGCUCUGACAGCACACGUGGCACGGUCUGACUCGCCCACACCAGGGCAGAUCGGAGGCUGCAGCCUUUCCUUCACUGACACUGUAUCCUUGUUUCUCCUUUUUUUGUCGUCGUUUUUGUCGUUGUCCGAUUUGUACAUCAUGUUAUUUCCUAGGACAUUUUUUUCCCACCAGUUCAGCGACUUUUACCACUUUUACAACUUGAAAUGUGCUUGAUUUUAUUCCUUUUUCCCCCCUUUUUUUUGCAUUUUAUGGUCAUUAGAAACACAAGCGAUGUUCAUCACUGAAAAGUAGUCUGUAGUUUUAACCUUUUUUUUUUCCUUUUCAUUUGUCAUUUUUUUAACUGCUGGCUAUCAAUGUCUUAAGGAAUCCACACACACUACAUUUAUUUUAUUUUUUUUUCCCAAAUACAUCAACUUUUUGAAUUAAGGUCAUCCUUGGUUGUCUUUGUUUAUUUGAUCAUGUUUUUGGGUUUCUGUAUGCACAGACCUAAGGCUGCUAUGCUGAAAGUAGAGUGAAAGAAAGAAAGUUUCACUAAGACGGAGCAAGUGGGUCAUGCAACUCCAUCAUCUCAGUCUUGAAAGUCCGCGCAAAAAAACAAUACAAAUUUUAAAAAAAUGAAAAUCCCUGAUUUAGCCAAAUCGCUUCUUUUACUCGUUAUUCGUGUGUGCACGGGUUUCUGCAGUUCGAGUCGGUUUUCAGCUUCAGAUUCUUCAUUUCUUUUUUUUGCCGUUCCACGUUCGACUCGUUAGACCCAAUAUCGUGCUGAUCAGAUGCAGAAGGAGGAUCUGAGCAGUUCCAGCACUCCUCUUCCGAAGACGAAACAGAUAAUAAACAGCAUAAAACGCGUAACGACCGGCGCGCCUAAUGCAGCCCGAAGCCUCUGUUCGAGCCCUGUUAGCCGAGCAGAAAAUUCUGCCAAACUUUUUUGGCCAUGUUCUUCUAAUUCUCGAAUCGUAGUACUGCCAUAUUUCUACUCCUGACUUCAUACCGAGCUUGGUUAGACAGGAUCCUCAAUAUCCUUUUUCUACUUGCUAAGAGCCAUAUUUUAUAGGUUGUUCUUUUAUAAUCCCAUUUUUUCGCUUUCCUGCUUUGCUUUAAACAAAAAAAUCAGUCACUGCCUAAAAGAGAGAAGAUGGACCACUUUAAUAUUUCAUGAACAAACGCUACACUUUUGACAAAGCCGCACUUCCCCCUACUGGCAACUUUUUUUUUUCCUCCCCCCCCACGCUUAUUUCCCAAAGUGAUGUAUUACUAUGGGCGAAACGUGUAAAUUUCAUAUAAACGUUGAUGUUCUGUUCUGUUUUUUACAACUGUUCUGUAUUUUUAUAUUAAGUACUUUUUAAUAUUUUGGAAAUCUAUAAAGGAAAGGUGUAUAGGCUCGGAGCAUUCGGUGACGUAACAGGUUUAGUAAAGCGGGGUAGUAGAGUACGUUGUUUAUCCGCAGAUCUACUUACGCCACGUUUAAACAGGAAACGCUUUGGCCAAGGAGAGAACGAGGGCAUGACGUGUUUACUUUAAAUCCAGCGAGAUUCCUUAAAAAAAAAAAAAAAAAACUAUUCUCAGCUCACUUUAUAAACGGCGUUGGGUGUAGGUGCAUUGGGGAAGAAAAAAACGAAAGCCUGUAGUUUAUCCAACAUCCUGGGUACUGUAAAUGUUAUUUACAUCCACGUUAGGAAUUAUCUUGUUAAUUCAAUAUUAAGUGAAAUUGUUACAUUACAUAUUUUCAUGUACACGCAUACUGUUAUGUUCAUUGCCAUGGUAUUACAGCAUAAAUUAUUUUCUUUACCAUGGGCUGUUUUAUUUUAUUUCAUGGGGUUUUUUUGGACAGUAAAGCCCAGAUAUAACUUGUCUUUCAGACAUUGGGAAUUUUAUUUCAUUUUAUUAUUAUUUUUUUUAAUUGAUUUGCUCAGUUCAUGAACAUCUAGUGCUGCGUUCAGUGUAGUGUAAAAAAAACGAAAAAAACAAAAAGCUUGUUCUGCAGUCAAAGCUUUAAGAAAGUUCUGCCAAAGUGUUAUUUUGUACAAUCAUUACUUCUCGUUCUUCUUCUUCUCGAGUCCCUGUGUUACGUUGUUGAAAAUGACACUACUUCUGUUUUCCGCUGCACAUCUGGUCACAGUCCUAAAGAUGUCCCGAAUGAAUCUUUGUGAACCUAACUACGUCUCUCAAUCCACCUCAUUGCAUCGUCUUAUUGCAUCUCUCUUUUUUUUUUUCCUGUACAUUGAUAUUAAUCAACAGUUUCGAAAUUUCGACAUUUAGACACCGAUUUGGCUGUGCAGGACGAUUUGUUAUUGCGCACAUCUGUCCAAAAAAAGAUGGCAUGCAGUAGCUGAUUCGACUGCACGGCUAAUCUACUGAGAUUUUUUUGUUGUUUUUUUGGGUUUGGGGUUUAGGAGUGCUACACCACAGCUGUAAAUAAAAGAUUGCAUUUUUAACCUGGAAUUAGUCACAACCGCCUACUUUUCCAUAACUUAGGCAACCUGCAUUUGAAUGCAUUGAAAAAAAAAGUGUAUUCGAUUGUGAAGAAAAAAAAAGAAGACAGACAGAAAGAACGAAAGAAUGAAAGAAAUUUCUUUAAUAUAAAUCAUAUGAAUACGAUAAUAAGCACUGGUGUUAUUUUUGUAUAAACCUAAUAUCAUCUAUGUGGCAUGCAUGACUUAUAAACAAAUUGGUGGUUCAAAGCAAUAUGUACAACCUGGUGUGAGUGCUAUUUCUAGUGUCCUGUGUUGCUUAAAAGAAAACUCUUUAACUGUUCAAUAUAUGUGUUCAGUGUUUCUGCAUGAUAAAGAAUGGAAUGAGACAUCCCCGAAAAAACCUGUACUCGUUCUCCUGACCAGUGCCACACGUGGCUCACACACACUCGCACACACAAAUAUAUAUAUCUGAAAUAUAUAUAAAUAUACACACCCCUGUCACAUUAAUUAAAUGAGCAGAAGAAACACACACUGACAUGAUGCUGCAAAAAUGGACUCUGAUCACUUUAUUUAUUAGACUCUAUGAUUAUCUAUAUGUCUAUAUGUGUUCAGGAUUGGAAGCUUCACUCUUAACCCUCUUGUUCUCGUCUUGAAGCUUGGAUUGUACUUUAGUGCGUGUGAGGUGGCUAUCACUAGUAACACGAGCUGAUACUCCACUCUUUUGCUCGUCUCGUCAUAUCCUUCACCGUCAUGCAAUCAGUCCUCCAUGUUGUACAAAUUGACUUCAUCUCAAUUACUUCUUCUUUUCUUCACCCCAUGAACCAUUUAAAGAAAAAAAACCCCAAUAAACUCAUGAAGCAUUAAAACUUAAGAAUAUGAAGGUAAGCAUCGAUGAUUUUUCGCUCAUCUUCAUCACAUUCUGGAGGCCGGCUCGGGCGAGAGCUUCAUUUCAUCACACGCCACAAUGGUUUUCAUCAGUGGUUUAGGAAAGGUGUGCUUCUCUGUAUAUUGCGUAGAUAUGAAAAAAAAAAAAGCAAAAACGAUUGGAUUGAUGCUGUUUCCAGUGACCGGCGAUUACUGUGACUGGCUAUGGUCACUUACUAAUAAUGUCAUCUUCACAAAUCUGUCUGUUUCUGUGUUGCCACUUCUUUUAAUUUAAGAUUUUUUUAAAAGCCAAAUUCUGUUAGAGCCAUGUUUUAACCAGUAGCUAUACGUAACUUUUGUAUUUUGUAUAAAGGGCAAAUAUUUCUAUUUGAUUAGUCACCAAAAAAUCGGUAAAAGAUUCUAAAACAAAAUGUUUAAAGCAGGAAAAAAACAGCCAUUUUGAUCUUUCUUUUCUUUUUACCAAGUGCUUGAAGAUAGGUUUUUUUUUUUUUUCUUUCUGAUUAUGACUAUAACAUUAAAUUGUUGACAAUUUGGACAAUUAGUUUACAUCUAAGUCUUUUCUUACUCUUUUCAUUAGACCGUGUGUCUAAGAGCUUAACUAUACUCUCUUGUCUGAGGUCAUGUUUACAUUCUUUACCAAGGUGGCUUUGUUUUUUAUUUACGAUUUUUAUUUUAUUUUAUUUUUUUCUAUAAUCUGCCGUCGUCUUGGUCAAAAAAGUGCCAUUCGGCGGCAUCGAGUCAAACGUACCACUGUGUAAAUUAUCUGAAGUUUUGCUCGUCUGAGAGAGACAUGGGCCGUUUUCGAUUUUGAAACCGUUUCCCUGAAAUCAGCAUUCUUGCUAAAACUAGGACUAAUGCUGAAUCCUUUCAGACGACAUGAAAUGUAUAAAGCUUUAUUAUUGUUGUUGUUUUUUAUGAUGGAAACUUGCUGAUGCUUUUUGCCCCCAGUCUGUGUGUUUACACUCCAGCUACAUCUGCCCACUUUUGUCCAAAUGACAUAGAAUCUGUGUUCUUACUACAUAGUAUAGCACUUUAAGGGCACUUCAAGGGCUAAAAGGUGACGGCAGGUUGCCAGUUUUGAACGUCUGAUCGACAGAGAAUUCACAGCACUACGUAAGAAGAACAGGAGUGUGCAGUUUGUCAUUUUGACUCCUCGUUUGUUCAUUUCAUCAUUAUUAGACCUACACUGAGAGAAAGAGCUUCAAUAGAGAUCUGGGUUAUGAUAGCAGAAGAGUGUUAACACUUGUUUUAUUACCAGUUUUUGGACAGGACGAUCCAUCAAGCUGCACUGAAAACCUUUUGAGGAAGUGAUUGAUGAUCAUAAACAGCAUCUUUUUAUCGGUGUGUGUUUCAGCUGUCAAAAAUCUGGCAUUAGAUUAACCCUUUCCACAACACUUUCCCUUUUUGUAAAUAUAACUUAUCAUGCCAAAAUGUCAGUCCUGUUUGCUUCCAACUAUGCAACAGAUUGGUUGAUUUUAGAAUGUGAUCAAUUAUUUAUCCUCUCUCUCUCUCUCUCUCUCUCUCUCUCUCUCUCUCUCUCUCUCUCUCUCUCUUGCUGUCUUUGCUUUUUUACUUUUCUGUCUCAGUGAACGCAGCCAUGCCCAUUUCUCAUUACUUUAUACUAACAAAAACGCAAGUGUAUUAUGUACGUAUGUAUGUAUGCGUGUGAUGUGCACACCUUCGAAUUUUAUUUACUCUUUUUGUAAUAUAUGAUCAUGUGGAAUGCCUUGUUCUUUAUGUCCUGUCGUUUGAAAUUAACAGAACAAACAAAAAAUGAUAACCGAGCAAUUGAGGUGAAAGUUAUUAUAUACAACGAUAUAUAUAUAAAUAUAAUAUAUAUAUAUAUAUAAAUAAAUAAAGCCAUUAGGAUUUGAAAUACA